AUCCUGUUUUCAGUGAAGAAAUGGCAUCUGCCAUGGCCAAACCCAAAACCCAGACAAAGCUCAGCCGACAAACCCAUGAAAACCAGAAACCAAAGCCGCCGUCUUGGGCGGUUGUUAGAGGCAUAUUCAGCUGCAAGUACCUGCAGCCUCAGCAGCCACAAGAAAAACGACAACAACAGGAACAAGCAACAGAAGAGAGUAGGAAGAACUGUAAGAAAAUGAGGUGUUCCGGCUCACUCUGUAACAACACCAAGGUAACGCAUGAAGUUCACAAGAACAGGGCAUUAUCUUCAAGUUCAAGUAGAUACUCAAAAGCUCCCCCUUUGAACGAACAAAAUGAUAUUCCAUCAGCCAUUUGUUCAUCCUUAUCUGCCUCGUCUUCUUCCAAUUCCUCCAGCGGAGCCUCUUUCAGGGGAAUGCCAUUCAGAAAGUUCUACGGCUGCUAUGAAUGUAAAAUGGUGAUUAACCCUGUUAAUGGGAUGGCUAGAGACACUUUUCUUAGAGCAACCAUUUGGCCCUGUUCUGAAUGUGGUGAGGUUUUCAUGAAACCUGAAGCUUUGGAGCUUCACAAGAGUGUUAGACAUGCAGUGUCUGAACUUGGUCCUGAAGACACGAGCAAGAACAUAGUGGAGAUUAUAUUUCAAUCAAGCUGGUUGAAAAAACAAACCCCAAUUUGCAAAAUUGAAAGGAUUUUGAAAAUCCACAACACUUCAAAAACCAUCUCGAGAUUCGAGGAAUAUAGAGAUUCCAUUAAAGGCAAAGCCAUCAAGCUUUCAAAGAAGCACCCACGUUGCAUAGCAGAUGGUAACGAACUCCUGAGGUUCCAUUGCACCACGUUGGCUUGCUCAUUGGGCCUAAAUGGCUCUUCUAACCUCUGUAGUUCAAUCCCACAAUGCAAUGUUUGUAGUAUAAUCAAGCAUGGGUUCAAGUUGGCUGCAGAGGCCCCUGGAGGGGACGCAGGGAAGGGUAUUCUAACAACUGCUACAAGUGGAAAGGCUCAUGACAGUGCUGGAAUGUCAUUGGACGGCAAAGACAAACGAGCAAUGCUGGUUUGUCGGGUAAUUGCUGGCAGGGUUAAGAAGAGUUCAGAAAGCAGCGUGGAGGAUUAUGACUCAUUGGCCGGAGAAGCUGGCUUGUAUUCCAAUUUGGAUGAGUUAUAUGUGUUCAGUCCCAAGGCAAUAUUGCCUUGUUUUGUUGUCAUUUAUGGUGGGUUUUAACUUUUAGCUGCCAUUAACGGGUUUUUGUUGGGCAAGAGUUGUUUGAUUGCCUCUGGAAGGAUAUGAAUUUAAUGGUAUUCUAUUGUGUUUCUUGUAAAUUGGCAUUGGGUGGGUACUGUUGGUGUCUUCGAGAUGGAGAUAUCAUUCCCACAACGAGAGGCAUUGAUCACGUUCAUAAUAGUAUCACACUAUCCACUUUGAGUAUAA